AAUAGCUAGCUGAGACGAAGUCACCACGUUGUUCGCGCCUCGACCAUCGACAAGCAGUUUUUUCGUGUUAAACUCAAUCACGUCCCUCCACCCGAGAAUGGCUCCGAACGAUAGACUCUCGCAAUUCAAGAACCGCGGCAAAGAUUUGGAGACGAACCGCAACCGCCGAAAGGACGACGUCAUCGAGCUUCGUAAGGCUCGCAAAGAUGAACAGCUCUCGAAAAGACGAAACGUCGCGAUGGUGGAACCCACCAGCGACACUGACGAAACCGACCAGCUGGAUCAGUCUUCUCCUCAGCCCGGUCAGAACGUCGCAGUGACCGACAUCGAAAAACUCGUACAAGGAAUGCACUCGAAUGAUCUCGAUGAAGUGUACAGAAGCACGCAUUUGGCUCGAAAAAUCCUCUCUCGUGAAAGGAAUCCGCCGAUUGACAAGUUCAUCGCCUUCAACGCUGUACCCAGACUCGUGCAGCUCCUGGAGCGAGACGAUCGUCCGGACCUUCAAUUCGAAACCGCCUGGGCGCUGACCAAUAUCGCGUCCGGCAACUCCGAGCAAACCGAAUGCGUCGUCAAGUCGGGAUCCUGCGAUCACUUCAUCAGACUCCUCAGUUCCCCCGCCAUCAACGUGGCCGAACAAGCUGUUUGGGCUCUUGCAAACAUAGCAGGAGAGGGUCCGGCAUAUCGUGACAUGAUCAUCGAUCUCGGCGUCGUUCCUGCACUGACUCGUUUGGUCAAGCCGACGGCGGCGCCGUCGUUUUUGGCGAACGUGGCUUGGUGUCUCAGUAACCUCUGCCGAAACAAGAAUCCCCCGCCUCCUCUCCAUGCUAUACAGGCGUGUUUGCCAUCGGUGAAACAGCUCCUGAUGCACGACAGCCCAAGCGUUGUGUCUGACGCGUGCUGGUCUCUAUCGUACAUUUCCGACGGUGACAACGAUCGUAUUCAAAUGGUUCUCAGUCUCGGUAUCCUGGACCGAAUCGUGGCACUUGCGCGCAACUCGAACGAUCGGAACUUGGCGAUCCCCGCUCUCCGCACCCUGGGCAACAUUGUCACUGGGACUGACGACCAAACUCAAGUCGUCAUAGACCACGGAGCUCUUCUAGCGUUCAAACACUUGCUACUGCAUCCCACUCUGAAUCUCCGUAAGGAAGUUUCCUGGGCUUUGUCGAACAUUACGGCCGGGCGCAAGGAGCAAGUCCAGGCCGUCAUCGACAACGGUCUUCUCUCCCUUCUGAUCGAUCUUUUGAAGAACGGCGACUCUAGAACUCAAAAGGAGGCUUGUUGGGCCGUUUGCAACUUGACAUGCUCGGGAACGGUCGAGCAGAUCGCGUGUCUCUUCAAGGAAGGAGGAAUGCAACCGCUCGUCGAUAUGCUCGGCCGGCAAGACACAAAAAUCACUGGCGUGAUUCUGGACUCUAUCCAGAACAUUUUGCGAGCAGCAGAUUCCCUCAAUCGGAAGGAAGCCCUCUGUGAAAUACUCGAAGAAUACGGCUUGGUCGAUCAUCUCGAACGACUCCAAAUGCACAGCAACAUAGAGAUCUAUGAAAUGGCCGCGAAACUGAUCGAAGAACACUGGGGUGGGGAGGAAGACGAGACAGCCGCUCCGGACAGCACCACAGCUGACGGUACCGAGUUCGACUUCAACCCGAAUGGGUCAGACGGAGCAGGCAACCCCCCACCAAUCUCAUUUUAGACAUCCUGGUCCUAUUUGGAAUUUCUCCACUCAAGCUUAGGAAAGUGCUAGAGACGAGCGGAUCAAGGUGACGAAUCAUUCCGGUAGGUCGCUGGGUUUGCUAAGCUAAGUCCAAAUAAAUGUUCAAACUCAUGUGCUUGGCCGCUCCGCCCCUGCAGAGUUUGCGGAUGUUUUCCUUCAGCGAUUUGAUGGAAUCUACCGAAGAGUCUCGGAAAUUCCGGGCAUAUUGUACGAGGAGCUUAUCGAAUCGCCAAUUUUAUCGAGCUCUCGAGGGAAUCCAGAGAAUUCGAUUCGACAUCUCACAAUAGCUGUGUUUAUCUCGAAAUACCAAGUUUUAGCCCUGAUCGUGUUUCGCUGCGACAUUCACCAUGAACAAAUAUGUAUGACAUGGUCCCUCGAUACUGAGAUCGCUGAUGCUCUAUCGCCGUCUGAGUAGGGAUUCCGAGAAUUGAGAGCGUCGUUCCUAGCAAGAUGAAUAAAAUUAUUUGGAGAAACAGGAAUCUUUUCA